AAUGCUGAAGGCACCUCAACCAAAUCGCUGAGAUUCGGGAGCGAAAAUUUGUUUCCCGCCAAAUAAAGGCCUUAAUUUAUUAAGUCGCGCUCGCAAGUCUAUUCCUGCUCUCCUUCCGCUUUUUUGCUAUUGCGAAGUGUCUCCAAAGGAAUGGAAAUCAUCCGAUCCCAGAAGAAAACCACCGCGGAAGCCCCGUCGAACCUAUCCAUUUACCGCUGCGCUCCUAACCUGGAGGUCCGGCUUGAUGAUAUCGAGCUAUAUGCCAUUGAUCGGCUUCGCGUCCUCAAAGGAAUUUCGAAUGGGUUGUCCCGCGGGAAGAGGCCGGAUGAAAUGGAAACAAUGGCAAAUGAGCUAUGGAGAACAAAUAUGAGGCAUCCGGAUGCGACGCAGCUCAUAAACAAGGAUGUUGUCUCACAUUUUGUGCUUCGUCUUGUGUAUUGCCGAACGGAUGAACUGAGGAAAUGGUUUCUUUCCAUGGAGACGACCCUUUUCCGUUACCGCUUUCGUCUAGAAACUCCUGAAUCCCAGCGAAUGCUUAUGGCUGAGUUUCAGCUUCCAUAUAAAGCACUGAAUUAUGCGGAAUACGAGAGUGUGAAAGAUAAGUUGGUUCAAGUCUCUCGCUCUAUCGGCCAAUCUCCUAAUGUUGACACAAUCUUCUUCAAGGUUCCGUUCGAAGAAGUCCCAGAACUUGUUGCUAAUCGCAGAGUAUUUCUGCUCAAGGGUAAUGCAUAUGUUGCUAUGAAUCAGGUGACAUCUAUAGUUGUUUCCCAUUUUCGCAGCAACCUUUCUAAGGCUCUUGUGUUGACCAACAGAAAGUGGACUUCAACCCUUAGGGAACAAGAGAAGGAUAGAUUGAGUCCUAUUGUUGAAGCACUAGGUUCAUGUUACUUAGGGCCUGACUAUUCUCAGCCGAUGGAGUUUACUGAUAUAUCAUUAAAAGACAUUGAUCAGUUAGCCAACACUUCAUUUCCUCUUUGCAUGCGUCAUUUAUUUAAUAGGCUAAGAGAAGAUCACCAUUUAAAGCAUGGAGGAAGGAUGCAACUGGGUCUUUUCCUUAAGGGUGUAGGGUUGAAUUUAGAGAAUGCGCUUGCAUUUUGGAGAGCUGAGUUCUCACAAAAGGUUGGAAGUGAGCGAUUUGACAAAGAGUAUGCAUACUCAGUACGUCAUAACUAUGGAAAAGAAGGAAAGAGGACGGAUUAUACACCGUACUCCUGUCAAAAGAUAAUUUCUACUACUCCGACUGUUGGUGAUUAUCAUGGUUGCCCUUACCGACAUUUCAGUGAAGAUUACUUGCGAGCUGCGCUUGCAAAAAUGGGCGUUGGGGGACGUGCAAUGGAUGAUGUGAUGGAAAAAGUUCGAAAUCGCCAUUACCAGCUAGCUUGCACGCUGACUUUUGAAACUAUCCAUGCUGCAUCUUGUGAUACUGGGAUCAAUCAUCCAAACCAGUAUUUUGCUCAAAGUCGAAAAUUGCUUGAACCGAAGAGCUGAUCUUCGUCAUAGCUCCUCACUGCAAGGAAAAAAAUUCUCCAUCCUGCGUCAGCAUGCACUCAAUAGGUAGGCUUGUAAUCAAUUUACAUUACUAACAUUAUUUUAUUUUAUGCCAGCAGCUUUGCUUGGCUGAAUCUGUAUCAGAUAUAAUUGGCUGUUUCUGUAACAUCAUUUAAUGUAAAUGCCUUUCUGCGAAGGUGAUCCUUGUAGUAAUUUUUUCACCUCUUUAAUUUCAAUUUAUA